AUACACACAACAUGGUAUAAAAAUAAUACAUAAACUAACUCCCUAACCUUUCAAUAUGUUUCAAUAUGUUCUUUCGUUAACAAGCAAUUCCCACUACUCUUUCUCUCUCCUCAAUCAAUUCUGGGCAAAACCCAUCACUCUCAAACGGUCGAAUUACCCAAAAACUUCCUAAAUUUUCCAUUAAAAUGACAGGAUAUAAAGCAGAUGAUGAUUAUGAUUACUUGUUUAAGCUUGUUUUGAUCGGUGAUUCAGGUGUAGGUAAGUCAAAUUUGUUGUCAAGGUUUACCAAAAAUGAGUUUAAUCUGGAGUCUAAGUCUACUAUUGGGGUUGAAUUUGCUACUCGGAGUUUAACUAUUGAAAGUAAGGUUAUCAAAGCUCAGAUUUGGGAUACUGCUGGCCAAGAGAGGUAUCGUGCCAUAACCAGUGCCUACUAUCGAGGAGCUGUGGGUGCUUUGCUUGUGUAUGAUGUCACCCGGAAAGCUACAUUUGAGAAUGCUGCAAGGUGGUUGAGAGAGCUACGGGAGCACACUGAUCCAAAUGUUGUGGUCAUGCUGAUUGGUAACAAGUCAGAUCUUCGGCAUCUGGUUGCUGUUACUACUGAAGAAGGGAAGGCUUUUGCAGAGCAGGAGGGUCUCGUCUUCAUGGAGACUUCUGCUCUUGAAGCAACCAAUGUGGAGCUGGCUUUCACUGAGGUUCUUACUCAGAUCCAUCGUAUCGUCAGCAAGAAGGCUGUUGAUGCUGGUGAUGCUUCUGCAUCGGCUGUUCCAUCCCAAGGAGAGAGUAUAAAUAUUAAAAAUGAGACCUCAGCUUGGAAGAAGAUAGGCUGCUGCUCAAACUAGUUACUUACUGUAGUAAGUCUUUGCUGUCACACCUUUUUGUUUCGCUGGGAAAAAUCCUAACUGGUUGAACUUCUGCGGGUCAGUUCCGUCCCUUGAAAGAAAGAAAGAAUAGGGAUUUUCAUUGUCUAUAUUAUUAAUAGAAGAAGUCUAGAUGCUUACACAUUUUAGUAGAAGCUAUUUGGAACUGUAUUUUUGCAUGGAUUUGAUUGAUGAGGUUUCUUUAUGUGCAAACAUGUCAUUAGAAGAUCACUUGGAUGAUGCAGCAGUUUAUGAAUCUGCAUUUCUAUUGCACAUACCAUAAUUUCAGGUCUUUGUUUUUUGUUAUCAA